AUGGGAGCCACACUGCUUGAUGGUGUGGUUGUAGAGAAAGAUGCCAUGGUUGCUGCGGGAGCCCUUGUGAAACAGAACACACGAGUGCCUUUUGCGUUGAAUUAUACCAACCUGGCGAAAGUCCAUGCUGCUGAAAACGCCAAAUCUUUUGAUGAGAUCGAGCUUGAAAAGAUGCUUCGCAAGAAGUUUGCUCGAUGUGAUGAGGAGUAUGAUUCAAUGAUUGGUGUAGUUCGUGAAACUCCUCCAGAAUUCAUUCUUCCUGAUAACAUUCUACCGGAUAAAGCCCCAAUGGCUGCUCAAUGA